CCCGUUUCAAGCAUUUCAGCUCUAGAAGACCGUCACGGUGCUCGAAUCGUCGAAUCGUCCGAGCUAUUUGAAAAUCCUGCUUUCCUCAUUGGCAGAUGAUAUGACUAGGAUUCCCCUAUUCCCUGCGUACGCAACUCUCUUGAACAAGGCUCAGCUUUUUCUCAUAUCUCAAAAUAUUCACCUCUACGUAGGGGACGCGUAAUGGCAUCUUUAAAGGCUAAGUCUAGAGCAUACUAUAGCGGUCAACGGUGACAAUUAUAAUGGAAAAAGUUAGAAAUUGUUGAGAGUCUUUGGUAUGCCAAGUCACCGAAGACGAUGCUGCACUAGGAUUCACGAAAAGCAUUACGAAUAGAGAUGUCCUCAGUCGUCGUCGGGUGGACCUAGAAGAGAACCACACAUCCGGAUAGAGCCUCUACUGUCAAGAUUAAAAGACCAUCAUGUCGCUGUCUCUGUUGCCUUUUUUUUUUUCUACCCAUCACCAAUCCCUAGGCAACUUAUCCUCCAGGUAUCCAGUCGUUCGGUAACAGUCAGUCAUUUUUGAAGAACCCCCUAUUAGCUCAUCAUCAUUAUCAUCAUGGUCGCUUUCUCCAAACUAGCCCUCACGGCUCUUGUCAGCUAUGCUGCCGCUCAUCCCGGCGAGAAGCACGACGCGCACAAGAUGAAGCGUGAGAUUGUAGCCCGUGACAAUGCGGCCCAACUCGGCGCUCGAUCGCUGGCUUCAUGCUCAAACUCGGCUUCCGCACAAGCGCUCAAGGCGCGUUCGAUCCAGCGACGUGCCGAGACCGUUAGUAAAAUCCGACAGAAGCGCGGCAUCCAGACCACCGCGAGAAAGAACAAGCGAGCCCUCGAGGAUCUCCAGGCCUGGGAGAAGGUCAACCACAACAUGACGGGAACCUACGACUACGACAUGUUCACCUCGCUCGAGGAUGUAUUCAGCGGAAACACUAGCUGCAUCUUGGCCCCUGAAAUCACCGACGGGCCGUACUAUGUUGUCGGCGAGAAGAUGCGAUCCAACGUCAAGGAGGACAAGUAUUGUGACGGUAUCGACCUGUUCCUUGAAGUCCAGUACAUCGACGUCAACACCUGUGAACCCAUGCCUGCCGUCGCAGUGGAUAUCUGGAACUGCAAUGCCACCGGUGUCUACAGCGGUAUCUCAACUAGCGGAAACUACGCCGAGGGCGGAUACAACUCUACUUAUCUCCGAGGAAUCCAGUUGACAGACUCCGAUGGUGUCGCCAGCUUCGAGACAAUCUUCCCUGGUCACUAUAGCGGGCGUGCUGUCCACACGCACUUGUUGUCGCAUACCAAUGCUACGGUCAACCCCAACGGUACUAUCUCCGUGUGGAAUGCGCCAGUUAGUCACAUCGGACAGCUAUUCUGGCCCGAGGAGCUACGCGUCGAAGUCGAGGCGACAUACCCGUACAACACCAACACGGUGGAAGUGACCACCAACGACGAAGACAUGUGGUCCAUCCUCCAGGCCGACGAGUCCUUUGACCCCUUCCCGCAGUUCGUUUACCUCGGCGACUCCAUCGAGGACGGCCUAUUCGCCUGGAUCCAGAUCGGCAUCAACGGCUCUGCUGACUACACCGAGGACGACUACUACGGAAUUGCUGCAUACCUCGAUGCCGAGGGCGGCCACUCGACCGGCUACACCGUCGGCGGCGGCGGUGAGGGCGGUAAUGGAACUGGCCCUGGUGGGAAUGGGACUGCGCCUGGCGAUUUCCCGAGUGGCGCUCUGAGCGGCGCUCCUCCUUCUGAGACUAGCGCUUAAGCGGAUUCGGAUGUACCAGGUCUCUCGCUUUCAGUUGACAUAGUUGUUAUAGAUCCCUAGGUAGUUAGGUAGUUGGUUAGAUUAUGGAAUUUGCUAUACCCCUAAACAUGUAUGCAUGAGCCCGUGAAACCGGCAAGAACUUAAAUACAGUAACCGGGCUUGGGAUUUAUUUCAUUCAUAAAUCAUAG